AUGUCCUGGCUGCAAAUACAACCAUACAGAACAAUGGAAACAAUAUCAGUAAUGUGUAAAGACACAUCGCGCAACGCGUCUUCCCAUCAAAAGGAUAUCACCACACCACCAGUAGCAAAGAGAGGCGUGGUCGCAAAGAUAGCGGACGCUAAAUACGACACAACAAUCCCAAAUUGGGAAGAGACACUGGAGAAGACAGUGGAAGCAAAAAAGAAAUACAAAAGAGACUCUGCAGACAGCACAAUUCCAACAUGA